UGAUCAGCAGUGUCCAAUCACAGCUGGUCGCGAGCUGUCACACAUUCCUCAGAUGGGACGUGUACACUGAUCAUCAGGGCACUGAUGAUCAGUUUGCCCUGAUGACCAGUGUAGCCCCAGCAGUGUCACCUGUCAGUGUCCAUCAAUGCCACCUGCCAGUGCCCAUCAGUGCCACAUCAAUGCCACAUAUCAUGCCCAUCUGAGCUGCCUUUCAGUGUCACCUAUCAGUGCCAGUCAGUGCCACCUAUCAAUGCCAGUCAGUGCCACCUAUCAGUGCUGCCUAUCAGUGCCGCCUAUCAGUGUGUGUCAGUGCUGCCUAUCAGUGCGCGUCAGUGCUGCCUAACAGUGCCAGUCAGUG